UGAGCCCCCUUCUUCUUGACCAUCAGCACCCCACUGCCCCAUGGUGGCAAUCAUGGACUUCUCUUUUAUGUACCGCUGGUUCAAGAACUGCAAUCUGGUUCGUGACCUCUCUGAGAAAUAUGUCUUCAUCACUGGCUGUGACUCGGGCUUCGGGAACCUGCUGGCCAAACAGCUAGUUGAUCGGGGCAUGAGAGUACUGGCUGCUUGCUUCACUGAGGAGGGGGCCCAGAAACUUCAGCAGGACACCUCCUACCAACUGCAGACUACCCUCCUGGAUGUCACCAAGACUGAGAGCAUCAAAGCUGCAGCCCAGUGGGUGAGGGACCAAGUGGGCGAGCAAGGUCUCUGGGCCCUAGUGAACAAUGCUGGUGUGGGCCUGCCCAGUGGUCCCAAUGAAUGGCUGACCAAGGAGGACUUUGUGAAGGUGAUCAAUGUGAACCUAGUAGGACUGAUCGAAGUCACCCUCCACAUGCUGCCCAUGGUCAAGAAAGCACGGGGCAGAGUGGUCAAUAUGUCCAGCUCUGGUGGUCGUGUAGCUAUCAUCGGCGGUGGCUACUGUGUCUCCAAGUUUGGCGUUGAGGCCUUCUCUGACAGCAUCAGGCGUGAGCUCCACUUCUUUGGGGUGAAGGUAAGCAUCAUUGAACCGGGAAACUACCGAACAUCCAUUCUGGGCAAUGAGGGCAUGGAGUCACGCUUGCAGAAGCUGUGGGAGCGGCUGCCUCAGGAGACCCGGGAUAGCUACGGAGAGGAGUACUUCAGCAUCUACACUGACAAAUUGAAAAACAUGAUGCAGCUGGCAGAGCCAAGAUUCAGUGAUGUCACCAACAGCAUGGAGCAUGCCAUUGUUUCCCGGAGUCCCCGCAUCCGCUACAACCCUGGCCUGGAUGCCAAACUACUGUACCUCCCCCUGGCCAAGUUGCCUACUGCUGUGACAGAUUUCAUCCUGAGCCGAUACUUGCCACGGCCAGCAGACAGUGUCUGAGCUGGGGAGGCUCCAGGCACGGUUGGUGACAUGCAGAAGAGGCAGUGGGAAAAAGGACUGUGGG